AGGUCGAUUCUACUGAAUUUGCCACUGAGAACUAUAUUUGAGCGUUUUCAGUAGAGUGGCUCGAAACACUGUAGUUGUGUGUCAGCUCAUGAUUGUGGAGAUCGGUUCUAGCUCAGGCAUACCCUCAGAUAAAGAUUCCGUAGAAUCCGGCAGAAGGGCCCGUGUCAGGAAAGAGUUCCUUCAUAGAUUUGUAGACGGCAAAAACUUUAGAGAAACCCUCACGAGCUGGCUCGAGGAUUUAGUCGAACAAAAUGCGGGGGGCCCCACCUUCGACUCUCCUUUCGAGAGAAUCGACCUUCAGAAGUUCGACUAUGCGCUCGAAGGCGUUCCAUUCCAGCAGCUGGUUCGUAUGCCGAGCUCUAUUUACGAGCCGACAUCUGGCGCUGAAGUGGAAGGAGGGAAUGCUUUUCUUGCGCUCGAAGAUUUUAUGCAUGCAAGUGCUAGUAGCCUGUGGGAGGCCUUCUGGGGAGAAGAGGAAGGUCACAAUAUAAUGCCUUUCUAUGUAUCGUCCUUGUACGAGCGGAACCUGAAGUUCUACCCAGCUGAGAAGGUCCUUGCCAAGGGUAAAACGGGAAAACUAUGCGCCUCGGCCAUAAUGCUUAAAAAUCCGAGACAUCCGCAAGGAAAGUGGGAUGAUGUUGUUGAGUUGGCACUUUUAAGGCCCGGUUACUAUGAUGAUGAUGAUAAUUAUCCACAUUUGUCUCUCAUAAGUGAUGCUCUGUUUUUCGCUCUUCGAGUGCUGAUCGCGAGGAGUGUGAGCAGAUCGAGUGUGCGUACGAGUUUGAAUUACGUUUUUGUCCUUGUGCUCGAUUCUCAGUAUGGUAGUGUCGUGAGAGUCGAAGGCGAUCUGAAUAAGAUGGAUUUCGAUCUUAUUAACACUAAUAAUGUUUACAAAUCUGCUGCUUCUUGGUUUAAGAACUAUUCACGCGUUGCUAUUUCCCCAGUCGAGAGGAUUUGGAAUAAGCUCGGAAAUGCAAACUGGGGUGAUGUUGGUGCUUUACAGGCUCUUUACGCUACUUUUCAUUCGAUAGUGCAAUUUGCCGGGAUGCCUAAGAACGCAAUCGAAGAUUUAGCCGCCGAACACGGGUCCCGGCUUCAGGCAAGAAAAGUCGAGCGAAAUUUAACGGAUAAAAACAAUAAUAAUUAUGAUAAUAAGAAUAAUAAUAAUAAUACGAAGAUGAAUAUGUUCCAACACCGCACAGCUUCCCCGGAAAUCGUAGAAGUACGCGAGGAAUUUACCAAAGUGGAAUAUUCUCGAAAGCCGGUCAAGCUAGAAGUAGGUGAUAUCGUGCUUCUAGAAGAUUCCGACUCGCGAAAUGACAGUUAUCGGGUGAAUAAGGUUAUGAGCAAUAACGAGAUUCCUUAUUACGUCUCGUCCCGUGUGGAAAACCCGGGAGAGGAUUUGUUUCUCUAUGCCGGGCCCCACCCAACUCAAAUGGAGCCCGCGUGGGAGGAUAUGAAGCUUUGGUACCAAGUCCAGAGGCAGACGAAAGUGCUUAGUGUGAUGAGAGAAAAAGGUGUUUCGAGCAAAUAUCUUCCCGAGAUAAUCGCGUCUGGUCGAGCCAUUCAUCCGGGCAGCCAGUGCCGAAAAUCGUCGAGCUCGGGAUGUGAUCAUCCGUGGUGCGGUACACCUGUCUUGGUGACUGGGCCGGUUGGAAUGAACAUAGUUGACCUGGUCAAAGCUGGCAAAUUUACCGCGGACGAGGCUAUAAAGUGCUGUCACAAUUGUUUAUCUGCGUUAUCAUCGGCUGGGGUUCGGCAUGGGGACAUAAGACCCGAAAAUAUUAUACGCGUGAAAAGAUCGGAUUUGAGGGGUUCGUUUUAUUAUUAUGUAGUGAUUGGGUGGGGCCACGCGAUUCUUGAAGAGAGGGAUCGACCGGCGAUGAAUCUUCAUUUCUCGUCGACUUCUGCUCUUCAGGAAGGGAAAUUAUGCUCCGCAUCGGAUGCGGAGAGCUUAGUGUACACCCUAUAUUUCUCUUCGGGUGGGGAUUUGCCUGAGUUGGACUCGGUUGAGGGGGCUUUGGUUUGGAGGGAAAAUUCGUGGUCGAGGAGAUUGAUUCAGCAGAAGCUGGGUGAUAUAUCUGCUGUGCUGAAAGCUUUUGCCGAUUAUGUCGAUAGUCUGUGUGGGACACCUUAUCCGGUCGAUUACGAGAUUUGGCUGAGGAGGCUUAGGCUACAUGUUCAAGAAGAGGAAUGAAUAGAAUUUUGUGCUGCGAAUGGUAGGGUUUUUUUUGUACACUUUGAAGCAGGCGAUCGAUCGAAACUCAGAAGUUCGGUGAAUUUUUUUGAAUUUCGUAUUUUCGCCUUUUCGUUUUGGGUGAAACGGAGAAAGAGCAGGAAAAAUGUGGGACUUUUAUACAAAUGGGAAGAAUAGGGAGAUUUGAUUUCGUGUUUUGGUUUGUAAAGUGUCUCUUCUGGGUGUAUUUUCUGUCUAUACUAUUUCUUGUAAAGUUAAGGUGAAGAUAGUUCAAAUGUGUGAUAAAUGUUUGUGUUCUUUUUCAAUGAUGAGAUGGC